CUUGUUGCCAAAAAAGCGCGCGGCGUGUUUUCACAAACAAAACAAUUUGAUAAACCCCCGGCUUUACUUGAUAUAAUCAUAUAUUUAAUUAAUAACAAGUGUUAAGUUAACAUACAAUCGCCAUGGGAAUUUUGGGCUUAUCUAAGCUCAUUGCCGAUCUGGCGCCUCAGGCGAUUCGCGAAAGUGAGAUGAAGCAUUUUUUCGGUCGCAAGGUGGCAAUCGAUGCCAGUAUGUGCCUGUACCAGUUCCUCAUCGCCGUGCGCUCCGAAGGCGCCCAGUUGGCCACCGUAAAUGGUGAUCCCACGUCCCACUUAAUGGGCAUGUUCUACCGCACCAUCCGAUUGCUGGACAACGGAAUCAAGCCGGUAUAUGUCUUCGAUGGAAAGCCCCCAGAUCUAAAGUCAGGUGAGCUCGCGAAGCGCGCCGAGCGGCGGGAGGAAGCGGAGAAGGCACUGAAGGCAGCCACCGAUGCGGGAGAUGACGCCGGUAUUGAGAAGUUCAAUCGCCGAUUGGUCCGGGUGACCAAGGAGCACGCCAAAGAGGCCAAGGAACUGCUCACGCUAAUGGGUGUGCCCUAUGUUGAUGCACCGUGCGAAGCGGAGGCCCAGUGUGCCGCUCUGGUGAAAGCAGGAAAGGUCUAUGCCACCGCCACGGAGGAUAUGGACGCCCUCACAUUCGGAUCCACAAAACUGUUGAGAUACCUUACCUACAGUGAGGCGCGAAAGAUGCCCGUCAAGGAGUUUAGCUACGACAAGCUGUUGGAAGGUCUGGCCAUUAACAACCGAGAGUUCAUUGAUCUAUGUAUUCUGCUGGGUUGCGAUUACUGUGAGAGCAUCAAGGGUAUUGGACCCAAGCGAGCGAUCGAACUGAUCAACACCUAUCGGGAUAUAGAGACCAUUCUGGAUAACUUGGACUCUAGCAAAUACACUGUGCCCGAGAACUGGAACUACAAGGUGGCGCGGGAGCUCUUCAUCGAACCGGAGGUAGCCAAUGCCGACUCCAUAGACCUCAAAUGGGUCGAGCCGGAUGAGGAAGGUCUUGUCAAAUUUCUGUGCGGCGACCGGCAGUUCAACGAAGAGCGCGUUCGCAACGGUGCCAAAAAGCUGAUGAAAUCCAAACAAGCCCAGACUCAGGUGAGACUCGAUAGCUUCUUUAAGACACUGCCCAGCACCCCGAAUGCCACAAACGCUGCCAAACGAAAAGCCGAUGAAGCAAAGAAGAGCGCCAAUAAUAAAAAGGCCAAAACCAGCGGCGGUGGACGAGGCCGGCGACCCAAGUAGAUCAUUCGUGUCUUAUCUGGAAAAACGUACAAUUCUUUAAUCUUAACUUAAUCGUAUUUAAAGCCUAUGCAUACAAUAAAAACUACAUCUUUGAGCUUAA